UGGGGAAGCGGGGCCGGGCUGUACGUUCCCUCCCCGCCGCGGUUGCCACCGCCGCCGGCACCAUGGGUUGCUGCUGCCGCCUCCUCCUCGCCCUCCUCCUCCUCCCGGCAGGACUGGGCGAUGACUCCACAGCCUUGCCCCUCGCCCCUGCCAGCCCUCCCUUCCCCUCGGAGGGGACGCCAGCGGGGCCGGGAUCCAGGGAUGCGGCUGUCCCCGUGCCAGCUCCCGGCCAGACCUCGCUGCCCACGUCCGCGGGACCUGCCGGAGACGGGGUGUCCUCCGGGCCGGCGGAGGGGGAUGGCCUCAAUGCCACCCCCGCGGCGGCACCGUCCCCUCCUCCUUCCUCCGUCACCGUAGCAGAGAGCUCAUCCGUAGCCUCCAACCCCAGCUCGGUGCCACCAACCUCGGAGACGGCCCCGGGUCUUCGGACAGCAAAUACUGCCAGCUUGGCAAGAGGCACGACGGAUUUGGGGGCAGCUCCCAGCCCCACGGGUAUACCUGCAUCAUCAUCCUCCUCCUCCUCCCUUGCCACCAGCCACCGGUACUCGUCCCCCGCGACAGUCUUGUCCCCAACGCCCGUCCUCACGAGCCCUGGCACCACGCAGCCACCGACGCUGACCGAGGAUGUCCCUUCGCUGGGGACGCUGGCCGUGGCGUCAAGCCUGGCCGCGGAGCCAACGUCCCCGCCAGUGACUGUGACGAGCCCCACCGCAGCCGAGGCCGCGGCCACCGACAAAACCACCCUUUCCACCGGAGUCACGAUGGAAGAGGUCCCGCGCGCCUUGAGCGCAGGGAGCAUCGUGGCCAUAACCGUGACGGUCAUCGUGGUGGUGGUGCUGGUUUUCGGGGCAGCGGCGUACCUCAAGAUCAGGCACUCCUCCUACGGCAGGCUUUUGGAUGACCACGACUACGGCUCCUGGGGCAACUACAACAACCCUCUCUAUGACGACUCCUAGCAGGGACGAGGAAAAAAAAAUAAUAAUAAAAAAAAAAAUCCUUAAUUUAUAAGCGCUUCUGCAGCAGAACAUCCGCUGUCGAGGAGAUGCCCGGGCGCCGAGCCACCACCGCGGGCAGGAUUAUGGCGGGUCCGGCGGAUGACAGGCAACCGGCGGGCGAGUGCGCGGCGCCCACAAUAAACCUGAAUUUUGGCCUUUG